UGAUCCCUGUCCCGGUGCUCCCGAUCCCUGUCCCGGUGCUCCCGAUCCCUGUCCUGUCCCUGUCCCGGUGCUCCCGAUCCCGGCCCGGCCCCGGCCCGGCGUUCCCGGCCCCGCCAUGCGCAAGUUCUUCCAGGAGAUCAAGGCCGACCUGAAGUUCAAGACGGCGGGGCCCGGGCAGAAGCUCUCGGAGCCGUCCCGGGCCCCCAGGGAGAAGCCCAAAGCCGAGGCAGCCCCCAAGCCCCGCCAGGCCCCGACGGACGAGGCUCAGAUGGCGGCGGCCGCGGCGCUGGCCCGGCUCGAGCUGAAGCCUAAGGGAAAGGCGCCUUCCUGCUCCCAGGAAACCAUCAAGAACCAGGUGAGGAGAGAGCUGAUGGCCGAGGCAGCUGCCAGCGAGAAGGGGCUCCCCGAGGAGGAGAAGGAGCAGGAGGAAGGGGCAGCUGCUCCCUCUGUCUCAGGGGUCUAUUUUAUCUGCCCCUUGACCGGUGCCGUGGUGAGGAAAGACCAGAAAGAAAAGCAUCUACGGGAAGCCAUCCAGGCAUAUUUCUCCGUGGAUCCAGUGGCUGCUUCCAUCAUGGAGAUCCACACCUUCAACAAGGACCGGGAGAAGGUCCGGGUGGGCGUGGAGACCAUGGCCAAGUACCUGGACAACAUCUACCUCCAUCCAGAGGAGGAGAAAUACCAGAAAAUCAAACUGCAGAACAAGGUGUUUCAGGAAAGGAUAAGCUGCUUGGAAGGGGCACACAAGUUUUUCCAGGCUGUGGGGUUUGAGACGAAAACGCUGCCUGUUCCAGGGCAAGAUGGCCCCGAGGAGGAGCAGUUCUACGUGCUCAAGGAGGAGGUGCUGGCGCGGCUGGAGGACCUCAAGGACCGCAAGGAGCAGCUGCUGAGCUCGGAGCCCGUGCGGGCGCGGCUGGACCGGCAGCCCCGCGUGUUCCAGCCCUCCCCCGCGGCCGCCAGGUUCGAGCUGCCCGACGACUUCUACAACCUCAGCGCCGACGAGAUCCGCAGGGAGCAGCGGCUGCGGACAGAGGCGGUGGAGAAGUCGUUGAUGCUGAGGACAAGAGCCAUGAGGGAGAAGGAGGAGCAGAAGGAGAUGAGGAAGUACAACUACACCCUGCUCCGAGUGCGCUUUCCUGACGGAUACAUCCUCCAAGGGACGUUUUAUGCCCGAGAAGCCGUGUCUGUGCUCUACAGCUUCGUGAGGGAAGCACUCAGAGAUGACUGGCUGCCCUUUGAGCUGCUGGGGCCUGGAGGUCUCAAACUCACUGAUGAGAACUUGGCCUUCAAUGAAUGUGGGCUGGUGCCCUCAGCCCUCCUGAGCCUGUCCUGGGACGCAGCAGUCAUGGCAGACAUCGAGGCAGCAGGAGAGGAACAGCCCCGCAGCCCCCUGAGGCCGGAGCUCCUGGCCAGGGUGGAGACCCUCCCCUGAAAUAAAAGGGCAGUGGGUUCAGU